UGGUAUUGGGUAUUGCCAUGGCACGGUUUUAUAUGCAGAAAGGAACACACAAAGGCCUAUUCAGAAGUGUUCAAAAGACGCUGAAAUUUUUCCAGACAUUUGCUUUGCUUGAGGUAGUCCACUGUGCAGUUGUUCACACCUCUGUGCUUGUGACUGGGGUCCAAGUGAGUUCAAGAAUCUUCAUGGUGUGGUUCAUUGCACAUAGUAUAAGACAGAUCCAGAAUGAGGAGAGCGUUAUUCUUUUUCUGGUCGUAUGGACUGUGACAGAGAUUACUCGAUAUUCCUUCUACACAUUCAACCUGCUCAACCAUUUGCCACACUUCAUUAAAUGGGCCAGAUACAACUUUUUUAUCAUUUUGUAUCCUGUUGGAGUUGCAGGUGAACUGUUAACUAUAUAUGCUGCCUUACCAUAUGUGAAGAAAACAGGAAUGUUUUCACUGAGACUUCCCAACAAAUACAAUGUUUCUUUUGACUACUAUUACUUCCUUAUUGCUGUCAUGAUCUCCUAUAUACCAUUAUUUCCACAACUCUACUUCCACAUGCUGCGGCAGAGAAGAAAGGUGCUUUAUGGAGAAGUGAUUGUAGAAAAGGACGAUUGAAUCAACUCCUGUAACUAUGGUGCUUUUAAUGGAAAAAUGAGGGUAAAACCCCAAAACUUCCUGUGAUUUUUCUGAGUCCAAGUUUUAAAACAUGGAACAAGAAUAAACAACUGUGCAUAAAAUAUCAUGGAUUGUAUUAUUUUUACAGUUUAACAUAUCUUCAGCCUUGUGUUUUCAU